AGGGUCAAUACCCCCCGACCUUCGACCUUUACGCACGUCAUGGCCGUGCAACGCCUUAUAAAACCACAAGACCCAAGGACUAAAGCCCAAGCCCACCCCAACCCGACUUGACCACCUCGUCUCGUCUCAUCCCAUCCAUUACCAUGCCCGGAGUCCUCAACCAGACCUUAGCCGUCAACGACGGUCCCCUGACCUCCGAGAACGCCGCACUCCUGCGGCCCUCCUCGCCCAGCCUCCCGCUCGACGAACUCCGUCGCCGCUACAACGAGGACGGCUAUCUGUUCGUCAAGCAGGUCCUGCCGCGCGAGGACGUCCUCGAAGUUCGGCGCCAAUACUUCAGCCACCUGGAGUCCACGGGGGUUCUGAAGGAGGGCACCGACCCGGUAGAGGGCGUCUUCAACCCAGCCAAGACCUCCGACGACUUCCCGGGCAUCGGGGCGGGCGCGGCGGGCGGCAACGGCCGGCCCGGCGGCGAGAGCGCCGCGCAGUUCGUCGACCGCGCCCUCGAGGCCCACUACAAGGACUGGUAUGUCGAGAAGCUUUGUGGCCAUCCGGCUCUCUACGACUUCAUCGCCAAGUUCACCGGUUGGGGCCAAGAUACCCUGACCUUCAAGCGCACCUUGCUGCGCAAUAACAUCCCCGGUACCAAGCCGAUUGGCGUGCACUAUGAUCAGAUCUUCAUUCGCUAUGGUGCGCCGAGCUGUGUCACGGCAUGGGUGCCUAUCGGCGAUAUCAAGCUGAGUGGGGGAGGGUUGAUCUACCUGGAAGAUAGUGACUCUGUGGGCCGGAAGAUUGAGGACGACUUCACAGCUAAGGCCAUGUCUGCGGGACUGACGGAGGAGGAGGCCAAGUUUGCGUUCAACUCGAACAUGAUGUCCACCGGCAUGCUGUCCGAGUACCCGGUCGAGUUCGCCAACCAGCAUGGCCGUCGCUGGCUUGCCUCGGCUUAUGAGGCGGGCGAUGUGGUCCUGCACAAGCCUCAUAUGAUCCACGCGUCGACGGUGAACAACGACCCGGAAAAUGUGAUCCGUCUGGCUACCGAUCUGCGAUUUGCGGAUUCGUCCAAGCCGUAUGACAAGAGAUGGAUGAAUUUCUACCGAUUUGACGAUGGUGUUUGAUCUUUUGCAAUGGGGUAGAUAUGAUGGCUUGCAAUGGCACAUUUUUUAUGCUUGAUAUGACAUGUCAGCUAUGGAACCACGUGUUGAUACGGGUCUGAUUGACCGUGUUCCCCAAGCCACUACCCCGAGACACCGAACGUGCAGUGGCAGAUUCUAUCAUCGUUAGCAUAGAUGCCAGAUACCGAUCCGAAAAACUCACUGCUUAUCGUCAC